UCAAACGUCUCAAACCCAGUUUGUUAGUAAGAUUCUGUUAAAUAUUCAACUUAGUUAAUUUCAUAAAGUUCUUAGUUCCUAAUUAUUAGGGAAGUUUCAUAUUCUUGAACUUGUUAAAUCGAAAAUGAUUCAUGAUGCUCUUUUAGUUUUAUGGGAUUGUUCUCAAGCUACACAAGAGACAGCGAAACACCAGCAUUAUGCCAAUCAAGGAGAUUCAGAUGUGUACCAUAGGAUAUGUGAAAUUGCAAAGAGCCAUCACAGGAUUCAAAUUUUUGUGGAUAGUAUGAGCUUUCAUUGUAGAAAAUCACACUCAGCUUCUUCUCGCACAACAGGCCUCUACGCUCAGGCAUUGAGUGAAGGCAUCACUGAAGUGCUCCAAUCCUAUAAAAAAACCCUUCUCGAAGUGGAAGGUCUGGUGAUGGGAAACCAUACCUACACACUCUCAUUUGUUUAUAGUUAUGUUGAAAAAUACCAAGGCCUUUUUAAUACUUUGAACAAAUUGAUAUCUACUAUUAAGGAAAGGAGACUGAAUGGAUGCCAGAUUUUGAGUUUGACUCAUCAGUACAUAUUGAAUGGUAAUGAAAUGGUCCAUGAUGCUAUAAUUAAAAUAUUUGCAUACAUAAACAAUGUAUUUAUGAAUCAACUUUGCACCUGGUUGUUGUAUGGAGAACUGAGAGACCCCUAUCAGGAGUUUUUAAUCAUAUGCAGUAGAGAUGAGACUUCUGACACUUUUCUGUCUACAACUCCUUCAAGUACUAAUACUGAUAAGACUCUUUUGAACAGUUUGCAGGAUGCAACUCUAGAUUGUGGUUUUAUAUUAAAUCCUAAAAUGAUACCACAUUUCAUGCCACUUUCAUUAGCCCAAGAGAUAUUAUUUAUUGGUAAAACCAUAAUUUUGUUUGGUUUUGAUCCGCAAAAGAUGAAGAAGGGUAUGUCAAUGAAAACCCGCCCAAUGCUACCUUUGAAGAAGUUUGGAGAUUCUAGAAGGUUUACAAUUUGGGAAGAUAAAGAAGCGGAAUUCCAUGAGAAAUUACAGAAAUUUAAAGAUCCUGAAUUAUUUGAGAUAUAUAACCUAAGAAGUGUAGUGAGGGAGAUUAAAGAAUGUGUUACUAAGCAUCUUUGGGCAGUGGCCGUGGAGGAGGCGCAGUUGAUCCACGAGCUGCGACUGAUGAAGGACUUCUAUCUGCUAGGCAGAGGAGAACUCUUCCUUGAACUGUUACGACUCACUGCGCAUAUGUUGGAGAAACCCACUACCCGAACUGGAACUAGAGAUAUGAAUCACGCAUUCCAACUGGCAGCAAGGUCCGUGUUUCUAAGCAACAGUGCGGACAUUGAAAAGUUUAGUUUUGAACUGCCUUAUGUAAAGCCGAACACCUCUGUCAACUCGACGAUUACGGAGGAAUCAUAUUCAGCCGCCGACGGUUGGUCCAGCUUAAUCCUAAAAUACGACUUCAAGUGGCCUUUACAUCUACUCUUCACCCCCGAAGUGCUGGCCAGAUAUAACGACAUGUUCCGACUGCUGCUGAGAAUCAAGAAGACUCAGCAUGAUCUGCACUCGCUGUGGAAGACUUAUAAGCAGUCCUCGAAUUUCGCCAUGUGUCAACUCCACAAUAAGCUGAUGUUCCUAAUAAACAACCUGCAACACUACAUGCAGGCUGACGUGUUGGACGCGUCCUACUCCAAGCUCGUGGAUGUCGUCAAUAAGACCAAUGACUUUGAGAAACUGAGGAAGGCGCACGCGAUUUUCCUGGCUGAUGUGUUGAGUCAGUCCUUUUUGACGAUAACUUCUUCACCAAACAGCGAAUACUCCGAUUCGGACACAACAGACUCGAUCAACAACCCGGUCUUCUGCAACAUUAUGGAGCUGCUCAAACUGUGCCAUUCCUUCUGCAGCAUGACCAGCUCUGUUAACGACAAGGAGUCUGAAGACUAUUAUAUUAGGGGAUACUCUGAAAGAUUCAACAAACUAGUGAAGCAGCUGAUGCAACUUCUGCUAUCACUGAGAGACCGACCUUGCGGCAUUUACCUCGCUCGUUUAUUGAUGCGACUGGAUUAUAACAGAUGGUUGAGCGGAGAGGCGCAGCUUACUCAAUCUCUCACUAAUAUGCUACGAUAAUGGGAUAAAACUAUAAAUUGUGCCUG